AUGGCCCAGCCAUUGUCCACACAGCAUGCCGCUGCCCUCUGCGCCGGGGUUGACGCGGUAAUCAGUCACCUUCUCAACACCCUUGAACACGACUUCAGCCUUCAACACCCACGCCUUGCUUACAUAGCCGGGGUGAAUGCCUACCUGGAGAAGAUGCUCGAUGUUGAUCUUCAAGACGACAUCGAGCGUGUGCAAUUCGAAAACGCUCUCCGCCUGUGCCUCCCAAGGUCUCCUCAGGGAGAACCAUACUCCAUGAUCAUCAAACGCCAGUUUCUCCUCGCUGGUCUCUCCUCCGACAUCCUCCUUUACAACGCCCACUGGGCGCAACAGUAUCAGGCCCGAAAUCUUGCCGACCCCGCCCCAACCGCAUCCCUUGGUAUCAUGUCUACCAAGUCAUCUAUCCCAGAGACUCGAAACGCCCUAAUGAGCUACCGUCAGAGGGUGUACGCUGAGGCAACCAGAGAUGCUUCUGAAGGAGAGGAAAGGCAUCAUUUUGUUACUGGACAAGAGAUGGUGAUGCAGACAGACGUCUGCAUCAAUAAGUGGAUUGAGUUUGUGGAGGCAUCUGGAGGCAACGCGUGGGAAGACACAGCAGGGGUCAACGAAGAUGUCGACAAUGAUCAGGAGGAAGGUACAGAGCACACCAACAAUUCUGCCAACAGCGAUGUCGACGAUGAGGACGUCGCAUCCCAGGACCGUAACUGGGAGAGAAGGGCCAAUGGACGCUAUCAUUGCACCAUUUGUGUCAGCCAUGGGGGCAUCGUACACUGGAGCUCCCUCAAGCGCCACAUGGCAGAGAAGCACGGGCUCGAUAUGUGA